CGUCGAAGGCGGGACCUAGCAAAUCACUCCUCCCCGCGAGUCUUCCACACUCCACUUUAGACAACUAAUCGGUCCAAGUGGGCAGCGAAUUGUCGCGUCAACCUGCCACCGCUAGUCGACGCGCAAGCAUUACCUACUGCCCUCUGCCUAUAUCUCGUAUUAUUCUGUCCUUCUUACCUCAGGCCUGCGUCGCACACAAUAGCUGCCAUCACAUUGCAAGAUGCAGCGCAUGCAGAGGAUCACGGGGCGUUUCCUCACGAGGACGCCCAACGAGGCCGAUGUCGAAGCCAUGCUGAAGGACUUCACCGACUCGCAGACCAUGUUGGAAAAGCUCGAAGCAUCAGCGAAGCAAUGGCGGGACGCGUGGACCAACAUCCUCAACCACCAACUCACGUCGGUCGAGCUCAUAUACGCCAUCUUCAAACCACUCGGCGGCGAAGGCUCCAACAGCACCCAUGCACAUGCCGAAACCCCACCUGCCGUCCUGGAGCGCGUCCAUGGCCUACACGAGGCCUUUGCCGAACUCAAGACAGACAUGAUGGAGGAAGUUAAGGACAUUGACAGGAAAUUGGUCAUCCCCGCGAAGCUGGCUCGCGACGCCUUGAAGCCUAUGGAGAAGGCUAUCAAGAAGCGAGAGGAUGCAAAGGUCGACUACGAGCGCUACAAAAGCCGCUGCGAAACCCUUCAGGCCAAGAAGACGCGCUCGGAACGCGAGAACAGCGCUCUUGCCAAACAUGAAAUCGAUCUCGAGCGCUCCACACACGCAUACCAACUCGCCGACGAGAACCUCCGAGACCGUUUACCACGCCUGAAUGCCGCGACCUUCUCUAUUCUGCCACACCUCCUAGCCAACCAGAUUGUGCUACAAAAUAACUUGAUUGGGAACUUGUACACGGUACUUCACCAGUAUUCACAUGAGCAAGGAUACCCCGAUCCGCCACCGGAGCCAGAGGAAGUCAUACCCCUAUGGGAUUCCAACUUUACACCCCUGCGCCAGGAAAUGGAGACCAGCCUGGGCCUGCUGAAGACGGGCAAGGCGGUCCAUUUGCCGAUGAGACUACCAGACAAGGGAGAGACAAUGACAGGCCUUGGCAUUAGGAAUAAGGUCAUGCCCGGUCGCAGAGCCAGCAGCAACGACAGUGUGCCCACCAUUACAGGAGGCGGAAGACCCCCGCGGCCGUCCCAAACCCUGUCGUCGACCUCCGAGAGUGGCCCACCCAUAAGCCUCUCUAACAAGCCCUCGUACAGCUCUCUCAGCGCCUCAAAACCCAAGAUCGGCAGUUCACCCCAUCUGAGCGCUGGGCAAGACAUGUAUGGCCGUCGUGCCUCUUCUACAUCCCAGGCUUCCUCUUACUCAAAUGGAACCAACGGUGAUUCCUACUUUAAUAGGGCUGCCUCUGCCUCAAACGGGUCAACUCCAAGCGGUUAUCCCCCAUCGCCCAACCCAGCCGCAGGGAAGAAGAAGCCGCCCCCACCGCCACCGAAGAAGAUAGCAUCUUUCCAGUACGAGUACGUGACGGCCAUGUAUGAUUUCGACAGUCUCACGGAUGGCGAUCUGAACUUCAGGGAAGGCGACCGAAUUCGCGUGAUCAAGAAGACGCAAAGCUCACAGGACUGGUGGCAGGGCGAAAUUAAUGGAAAGCAGGGCAGCUUUCCUGCAAACUACUGCAAAUGAUUCGGUCAAUGCGAUGAGAUGAGAGGGCUUCAAUGAUAUCCAAAACUGCAUUAGAAGGUGGCGUUACGGUAAUUCGGCACUCUUGAUGGCAUCGUCAGCAGCAAGGAACGAUUAGGAAGAAAUUCAGUAAAUUCAAAUUGAAUGCUCUUGUGUUUCUACACGUACAGAGAUGGCCAUCGGACUCCACUGGCAGAAGCAUGCACUCCAUGCCAUGCUCAGGCUAGAUACAUGAUAUGGAUGAGACAAAUUGAAUUGAGUGAGGUUGACAACCAGACCGCGCC